AAGUUUUUAAAAAAAUCCCGCGACCUAGUACGCCACUUCCGCUACUGUUCAUAAAUAGUUUGAAACGUGUUUAAAACGUUUUUGUGGAAAAGUGUUGAUAUAACGAAAUAAACAUGAGCAAAGCACACCCACCCGAGUUGAAAAAGUUCAUGGACAAGAAGCUUUCACUGAAGCUCAAUGGUGGCCGUCAUGUUCAGGGCAUCUUGCGUGGAUUUGAUCCCUUCAUGAAUCUGGUCGUGGAUGACUCGAUAGAAAUGGCUCCUGGAGGACAAAUGAACUCCAUUGGGAUGGUGGUGAUCAGAGGAAACAGUAUUAUUAUGUUGGAGGCUCUUGAACGAGUAUGAGGACGAUGCCCUCUUUCUUUUCCUGCAUUUUUUUUUUUUUUUUUUUUUUGUAUACAGCAAAUGUGAAAAAAAAAAACUAAUUCUCAUUUAUGUUCACAACACUUUAUUAAAGCCAAACACUUUGAUUCUGUUAAAGUAUUGUUUUAUAAACAACUUUCUUGUUUUUAUGUACAUUACUAUGUCUGUAGAAAUUGUGUACACAAUUCAUACAUUUUUGUGAAUAAAUUGACUAUGGUGUGAUUAAUUCAAACUCUUUCUGUAAUUCACUUUACAUUAAUAUUUAAUAUUCAAACUGUGUCAACAUUUUCAUUGCCUUGGUAGCUGUAUGCAUUUGAACAAAUCAAUAAUCAUGACUUGUUAGGAUUUCAAAGAGCUGUAAAAUUUGCCAGAAAACUGAAACCUACACGUAGUCCUUGUCUAAUCUAGCAGUAUUAGAUAUCUUUUUCUGUUGCCCGUGAUAGGACAGGAUAUAAUAAAAAAUGUAUUGAUCCAAAAAAACAAAUUCUGUUUAAAAAUGUCUGCAAUAAAUAAAAAAUAUAUA